AUGAGAUUUAUGACAUCGGCCGCCGGUGAACUUUCCCGACGCGGGGCUCUUGACGCCAGAUAUCUCCUAAACCCUAACCACGUCAAUCCCAAUCUCACGUCUCCCUCCCCUAAAACCGAAACCAACUUGAGAUCGCUGUGUGAGUGUGAGAAUUCAAAUCCUCAGCUUAAGAACGCCGUUUCAGUUUUCCAGCAAGCAGUCGACUCCGGCGGCUCUCUUGCUUUCGCCGGAAACAAUCUCAUGACAGCGCUGGUACGUUCUAGGAACCACGAGCUUGCAUUUUCAGUUUACCGCACGAUGCUCGAGACCAAUACCUUCAUCAAUUUCGUCUCGCUGAGUGGUUUGCUUGAAUGUUACCUGCAAUUAUCACAUCGUAAGACUAAUUUUGCGGUAGGUGUUCUCGCGUUGAUGCUGAAGCGUGGGUUUGCUUUCAACGUAUACAAUCUUAACAUCCUCUUAAAGGGUUUUUGCAAAAAUCUCGAAUACGGUAAAGCUAUUAGUUUGCUUAGAGAAAUGAGACUGAAUUCUCUGUUGCCGGAUGUUGUCAGCUACAACACUGUAAUUAGAGGUUUAUGCGAAGGGAAAGAGUUGGAGAAAGCAAUGAAAUUGGCUAAUGAAAUGCAAGCCAGCGAGUGUUCUUGGAGCUUAGUGACUUGUGGGAUUCUGAUUGAUGCCUUUUGCAAGGCUGGUGAGAUGGAAGAAGCCAUGGGAUUGCUCAAAGAAAUGAAGCAGGAUAAAGGUUUAGAGGCAGACAUUGUUGUGUAUACUUCUCUGAUUCGAGGCUUUUGUGAUCUUGGUGAUUUGGAUAGAGCCAAGGCGCUUUUCGAUGAGAUCCUGGCCAGAGGGGAUUCUCCAUCUGCAAUUACGUACAACACUCUAAUUCGAGGUUUUUGCAAUUCAGGAAAGUUGAAAGAAGCCUCGGAGAUGUUUCAUUUCAUGAUGGAACGUGGAGUUCGUCCAAAUGUUUAUACGUAUACGGUUCUAAUCGAUGGCCUUUGCGGAGUAGGGAAGAUUAAGGAAGCUCUUCAGCUUUUGAAUCUCAUGCUAGAGAAUGGUGAAGAGCCAAAUGUUGUGACGUAUAACGUUAUUCUUAACAAGCUGUGCAAGGACGGUCUUGUGGAGGAUGCUUUAGAGGUUAUUGAGUUGAUGAAGAAGAGAGGUACGAGACCUGAUCUCAUUGCAUACAAUAUCUUGCUGGGAGGACUCUGUGCCAAAGGUGACCUAGACGAAGCAAGUAAGCUUCUGUAUUUGAUGUUGAAUGAUAGGAACUAUGCGGAUCCAGAUGUUAUUUCGUUUAAUGCGCUGAUCAACGGGCUGUGCAAGGAGAACCGUCUCCAACAAGCUUUAGAUACUUAUGAUUUGCUGGUUGAGAAAUUGGGCUGUGCAGAUAUAGUGACUACUAAUAUAUUGCUUAAUAUCACUCUCAAGUCUGGUGAUGUAGAGAAGGCAAUGGAGAUUUGGAAAAAGAUUCCUGGUUCCAAGAUUGUUCCGAACUCAGAUACUUAUUCUACAAUGAUUGAUGGGUUUUGCAAAACCGGCAUGCUCAAUGUUGCUAAAGGAUUAUUCUGUAAAAUGAGAGGGUCUAAGCUACGGCCUAGUGUUGUCGACUACAACUGCCUAAUGUCAUCGUUAUGCAAAGAGGGAAGCUUGGAGCAGGCAUGGAGAUUAUUUGAGGAAAUGCAGCGUGACGACUGCUUACCUGACAUUGUUUCGUUCAACAUCAUGAUUGAUGGAAGCCUUAAAGGUGGUGAUGUUAAGUCUGCAGAAGCACUUCUUGUUGAGAUGUCUGAAGCUGGUCUUUCCCCUGAUUUGUUUACUUAUUCGAAGCUGAUAAACAGGUUCCUGAAACGUGGGUAUUUAGACGAGGCUAUCGGUUUCUUUGACAGAAUGGUUGAGAGCGGCUUAGAACCUGAUGCUCACAUUUGCGAUUCUGUGUUGAAGUAUUGUAUUUCACAGGGAGAAACAGACAAGUUGAAGGGAUUUGUUGAAAAACUGGUGGAGAGAGAUAUCGUCCUAGACAAAGAACUGACGUGUACGAUCAUGGAAUACAUGUGUAGCAGCUCAGAAAACAUGGAUCUUGCAAAGCGGUUGCUAAGAGUAGCAGAUGAUAAAGAGGAAGGGGUUGUGUAA